GCGGGGUUGGCGGAGAGGGGCGCUGGCCGCUUUACUCCUUAUCUCUUUUUUGGAAGACUUGACUGUUUGCUGAGCAAGGUAACCGUUUUCUGUGGCUUACUGACACCAGGUAGUUGUAGGCUCUGAUACCCUUAAGAUGUGUAAUAGAGCCUGCUGCUUCAGUGUAAUAGCUGCAACCUUAAGGCCUCUUUGGACACAGAGCACUUGACCCAACUGCUGCAGUAGCAAGAUCUCUGCUACCAUGGUUAGAAGAGAGUUAUAAUGCUUGCAAAAGGAAGGAGUGAGCAUUAGCCCAGGAAGCAGCAGUUGUCCUGCAUUGGGUUCUCCAAGACAACUCCAAAACAUUGCCAAUGGAUGAACUGGUGCAUGACUUGGCCUCAGCCUUAGAGCAGACUUCAGAACAAAACAAGCUGGAUGAGCUAUGGGAAGAGAUGACCCUAAGCCCACGGCAGCAGCGGCGUCAGCUUCGCAAGAGACGGGGUCGUAAACGCCGCUCAGACUUCACACAUCAGGCAGAGCAUGCCUGCUGCUUCAGCGAGGCCUCAGAGUCAAGCUUGGACGAAGCUGUCAAGGAUUGCCGUGAGAUGCUGACAGCCAAUUUCAGUGACUCUGAUGACACAGCAGUGGUCAAACGACACCCUGCUCUUAAUGCCACCCUGAGGAGCAAGCAACACUCGUGGCAUGAGUCAGAUUCCUUUACAGAGAACGCGCCCUGUCGACCUCUCAGGCGCCGACGAAAAGUCAAACGUGUGACAUCUGAGGUGGCUGCCAGUCUCCAGCAAAAGCUUAGGGUGUCAGAGUGGAGUUAUGAGAGGGGUUGCAGGUUCAAAUCAGCCAAGAAACAGCGUCUUUCACGCUGGAAAGAAAAUGCCCCUUGGACAUCAUCCAGUCACAGCCUUUGUGAAGCAGGAGAGAACAGGCCCUUCCUCAGCAAAGGGGGAAGGAAGGAGCGGAUGGAGUGUGAAGCUGAUGAACAGAAACAGGGCUCAGAUGAAAACAUGUCAGAAUGUGAAACCAGCAGUGUAUGCAGCAGCAGUGAUACUGGCCUGUUUACCAAUGAUGAGGGCCGUCAAGGAGAUGAUGAACAAAGUGAUUGGUUUUAUGAAGGAGAAUGUGUUCCAGGAUUCACUGUCCCCAACCUUCUUCCCAAGUGGGGAGCUGACCACCGAUCUGAAGUGGAACGUAUUGACUCUGGCCUAGACAAGCUCUCGGAUUCCAUGUUCCUUUUGCCCUCACGGCCAGCUCAGAGAGGGUUUCAUGCUCGCUUGAAUCGCCUUCCAGGAGCUGCUGCCCGUUGUCUCCGAAAAGGUCGGAGAAGGCUUGUUGGCAAGGAGACCUCCAUGAGCACUCUGGGCACUGAGAGGCUAGGUCAUAUUGUUAGUGAUCCACGCCAGAAAGAAAAGAAUAAAGUGCCAGCUUCCAAUUUCCCACACACUGUGGCCUGUGCACAUGAGUUCAAUCCAUUGUCUCCUUUGUACUCUCUGGAUGUGCUUGCUGAUGCUUCCCACCGAAGAUGCUCACCAGCACACUGCACUGCCAGGCAAGCAAAUGUACACCUGGGACCACCAUGUUCAAGGGACAUCAAGAGGAAACGAAAGCCAGCUGCAGCCUCCAUGUCCAGCCCAACAUCAGCAACUUUAUCUGUCCACAUGGAUGCAGCAGAGUCAGAGCUACCAGCAACACCAUCUCUGAGAUCCCAGAACUCUGAAUGGACGGGGAAAACACCAGCAGCAGAGAAAGCUACUAUCACUGCCUCCAGUAACUUUUUUAAAAUGCCACCAGAGAAGAGCCCUGGAUACAGCUAAAAGGAAGCAUUGCAGCUGUAAAAGCUUGGAUUUUGGAAGUGUUUGACUCUGUGUGUCUCUACCAAACAUCUUGUUUGGUGGUAGUGAUAAUCUUCAGUAUUGGUGCGUGAUGCCUGACAUCAUCCAGACUGAUCUGUGCCCCACGCACCUAAACCAUGUUUGUGAAUCUGUGUUUGAAAAAAAAGGUAAUUGGUGUUGGGACCUCAGUGGCUUUUAAAAAUAUUCUUGCUAUUGUUGUAUUUAUUAUGCAUUCAUCUCUUUCCCUGCUGCCAGCUCAUAUGUGCUGGGUCAUGUACAGAUUCUUCUGGGUUUUCAGAUCUUUAUUCACCCCCUGGACAUGUUGCUUGUUUGUGCAUUUGGUGUUUUUUUAGGUGAAAGUCCCCCUGCCGCUCAGGCACGUGUCUCCCCCUGGUUUUUUUUUGGCUGGGGAAUGAGGAGGGAAUGCAAACAAGUUGAAACAUGCAACCUGAAUUCUGUAUUAGCAGAAUGUUUUCAGGCCAUGUGCUGAUGGACUCAAAUCACAUUGCUUCCAGUGAAGCAAAUAUGGUGCUUGUCCAUUCAGAAAUUGCCAUUGGCUCACUGGCAGCAUGAUUCACUAGACUGUUUCCUUCUCUGUUGUUCUGAAUGUCUUUAGUCUUGCUUGUGUAUUGCAUGGUCUUUCCUAAUCUACUGGAUAAGGAAUUGGGAAAGCUACUUGGACAUGAAUGUGCAAGCUGGUAUAUUUGAAAGAAACCUGGGCCCUUGUAUAUCCUUGGAGUAUGGUAGAGGAUAUACAAAAUUCCUGUUUCUCAGUGUAUAAAUUAUAAAAUGACUGUUAGCAUUUCUAAAGGAUGCUUGCCAUAGAGGUUAACAUGCUGUUGAACAAAAAAGCCAUUUAAAGUACCACCUGAGUUCAGAAUAUUCUGGGUGUUGAUCAGACCUCUUCUAUCUAAGUCUUUCCUUCCCUUCAGAAAGUAUUGUCUGUUCUCUCUUCUAGAGGUGUCUCCACCUAUUGAUGAUUGGACUUUGGAGCAUGCACAAAUGAGAUUCUCUUCAUAGCACUCCCACUUGUUCCUCUGUUAUUUUGUGUUGCAGAAUAUGUGGAUAGUGAUU